AUGAGACACAGCUGUUGCAGCCGCCACUCGAUCAGGUUUGCAUACAGGAGCGGUGCAUUCUCCUUGCUGGUUUUAGACAACCUCACGGCGCAGCUCAACCUCACCAAGGAGCAGAGGCACGAGUACUUGCCCGACUGGGUUCUGCCCAGCCUCGGCGAGCUGCUUGAGCGCGAGAAGGACAAAUAG